AUGUCUUCCUCCUCACUGAAACCACUCUCCAUAUUUCCCUCAUUACUUCUCUUGUUCAUCCUUAUUCCUUUCUUUCUCCUUUCUUUUCAUGUCCAUGUUUUUGCUUUCCAUGCAACUUCUUUUGCUGCUGCUAAAAAUGAAGUAGAACAAGGGGCUAAGGAGACCGAUGCUCUUCUGAGAUGGAAAGCCACUCUUGAUUACUACAGCCAAUCUAUUCUGUCCUCUUGGAAUGGAAGCAGACAUUGCAAUUGGUCUGGUAUCUUUUGCAAUAAGGCAGGUAGUGUUGUCAAUAUAAGCGUUACAGAUUCCGGUUUGAAAGGAACGCUUCAGAGUCUCAGCUUCUGGUCCUUUCCCAAUCUCAUCGAGCUCAAUCUCCGCAACAACUCACUUUAUGGUGUCAUUCCUGCACAUAUUAGUAAUCUUUCAAAGCUCACCAUCCUUGACUUGUCUUUCAAUAAUAUCUCUGGAAAAAUUCCAUCUGAAAUAAGCUCACUGGCUAGUCUUAGCUUCUUUUCCCUAUUUGCGAACCAUAUCAAUGGCACCAUCCCUCGAGAAAUUGGGGCGCUUACUUCACUUUCGGUGCUCUCUUUACAAGAUAAUUAUCUUACAGGCUCAAUCCCUGCUUCAAUAAUGGGAAAUUUUAGCAACUUAACUGAACUUUACCUCCAUGAUAACGAUCUUUCUGGCUCCAUACCACCAGAUGUUGGAAGGAUGAGAUCUCUUCGCACGCUAGAUUUGUCGAUCAACAAACUUAGUGGUGAACUUCCUGCAUCCAUGGGAAACUUAAGCAACUUGGUAUAUCUUUACUUUUACUACAAUGAACUCUCUGGUUCCAUCCCCAAGGAAUUAGGGAUGCUUGGAAAGCUUUGCGCAUUUCAGUUUUCAAGAAAUAAUUUCACGGGCCGUUUACCUGAAGGUAUAUGCCUUGGUGGACAACUUCAGUAUUUCAGUGCACAUCAUAACAAUUUCACGGGUCCUAUCCCGAGAAGCCUGAGAAAUUGUAGCAGCUUGUUGUCAGUUCGCCUCGAUAGAAACCAACUCACAGGAAAUGUAUCUGAAGAUUUUGGUUUUGGUGUAUAUCCUAACCUGGUAUAUUUGGAUUUAAGCGAUAACCAAUUAUAUGGCGAGCUUCCAUGGAAAUGGGAAGAAUUCCGGAAUUUGUCGGCAUUAAAAAUCUCAAACAACGAGAUCUCUGGCACAAUACCAGCUGACAUCAGAAAGGCACCUCAAUUGCAAUUACUUGAUCUCUCAUCAAAUCACCUUGUAGGGGUGAUUCCAAAGGAAUUGGGGGAGUUAAAUUUGUUUAAACUUUAUCUUCAUGAUAACAAGCUUUCAGGCACAAUUCCUGCAGAAAUAGGAAUGUUAUCUGCUCUUGAAGACCUUAACAUGGCAGCAAACAAUCUAAGCGGAACAAUUUCAAAGGAGAUUGGGAAGUGCUCAAAACUGUUGUUCUUGAACCUCAGCAAGAACAAGCUUACAGAGAGCAUUCCUUCAGAAAUAAGCUAUUUGCACUCUCUACAAAGCCUUGAUCUCAGUCAAAAUUUGCUCAUAAAUGAGAUACCACAACAACUUGGAGGUUUGCAAAGACUAGAGACGUUGAACCUUUCUCACAACUUGUUGACAGGUUCCAUUCCAUCUUUCGAUUAUUUAACAAGCUUGACGAAUGUGGAUAUAUCCUACAAUGAGCUGCAGGGUGAAAUUCCAAACAUUAAAGCCUUUCGGGAGGCUUCAUUUGAAGCGUUGAGAAACAACAAAGACCUGUGCGGUAAUAACACCAGACUAAAGCCUUGUGGUUCUCUCGCAGUGAACAAAACCAUAGGAAAAAAGGGCAAAAAGGCUGUCAAUCAUCUAAUUGUUUUUCCUCUCGUGGGUAGUCUGCUUCUAUUGUUUAUCUUGGUUGGAUGUUUCUUCUUCAUCCAUCACAGAAACGGAAAAGCCAAGUCAACUGAGGGGAAACAUUGCGAAGAUGUGUAUGCAAUAUGGAGCCAUAUUGAUAGAAAUAUGCAAUAUGAAAACAUUAUUGAGGCUACAGAGGACAAUUCCAAGUAUUGCAUUGGGGUAGGAGGUUAUGGAAUUGUCUACAAAGCUGAGCUGCCAAAGGGUCAAGUGGUUGCUGUGAAGAAAAUUCAUCAAUCACCAAAUGGUGAGGUGGCUGAUUUGAAAGCAUUUACUAGUGAGAUUUCUGUGUUGGCAAACAUACGUCAUCGGAACAUUGUGAAGUUAUAUGGGUUUUGUUCGCAUGUCAGACACUCAUUUUUGAUAUACGAAUUCAUAGAAAGAGGAAGUUUGAGAAAAAUUUUAAGCAACGAAGAAGCAGUGGAGUUAGAUUGGAGUAAGAGGCUAAAUAUUGUUAAAGGAAUAGCAAAUGCUUUGUCUUACAUGCACCAUGACUGCUCUCCGCCAAUUAUCCACCGAGACAUUUCCAGUAACAAUAUUUUGUUGGAUUCAGAGUUUGAGGCCCAUGUCUCUGAUUUUGGCAUAGCUAGGUUGCUGAUGCCUGACUCCUCAAAUUGGACCUCAUUUGCGGGCACAGUCGGGUACACAGCACCAGAGUUAGCAUACACAAUGGCAGUCAAUGAAAAAUGCGACAUCUAUAGCUUUGGUGUGGUCACACUCGAAAUACUAAUGGGAAAACAUCCAGGAAAUGUUGCCUCAUCUCUUUCAUCUUCACCUCCACCAAUUGAACAACAAACACUUUUCAAAGAUGUGAUCGAUCAAUGCCUGCCAACGCCUAAAAAUAAAGAUGCUGAAGGAGUGAUCCAUGUUGCUAGACUAGCACUUGCGUGCCUGAGUGCAAAUCCUCAAUCUCGGCCAACCAUGAGACAAGUUUCUUCAAAACUGAUGGCCCAGUGGCAUCCAUUAGCAAAGGCAUUCUCUGAAAUAAAAUUGGGAGAAAUGUUGGUCCACAAUGGUAUCAAUGCCUAAGCUUGUAGAAAGAUCUUUGUACUAUUUUUUUUUUUUUUUUCAUUAUUCAGUCUUUCCCUCUGCUGCAUGCCUUGUAUUAUAUGUUUGGUUGGAGUAAAACUGUUAU